AUCUCAAGUUGGAAAUAGGACCGCCCACGUCAAUCUUAUUUUAGUUUUUGAUGUAUCUCCUCGACGGUGAUUACUGCGAUGCAUAACGACUACCAACUGCGAUGCGCUUAUCCCUAACCCCCAAAGGGCGACUCUUCCUACUUACGAUAUUCCUACUGAGCCUGGUUGCUGGCUACUUCUAUCGCAAAUACAGACCUCCAUAUGGGUUUUAUGCCGAGCUGGCUCGAAGAGAGCUUACAGAGUCGAGACGACUGAUAAACGGGUUUGGCCAUAAAUAUGUCAAGUUCAGACAGCUACAAGGUGCGGGCUUCAACAACCAGGCACAAGAGAUACUGCUCUUUCAUCAUCUUGCGCUCUUGACGAACAGGAUAUAUGUAUACCAACCGUUCAUGUGGAGACAUCGUCUCGAAUUGCAGCCAUUGUCAGGCUUUCUUCUGGGACCUACGAAAGGUUCCCUGAGUUCUGCGUUAUUCGAGGAAGUAUGUCCUCCGGAGGAGGUCAGAAACGUUACCAUUAACGUCGAACCGUAUGCGGAGAUGUGGAGAACAGCCCAAGACAUACUUAACGGCCCGGAACGAUGUAUCUACGUAGAGAACUGGAUAUUGAACUGGAGGUUUUUGGAAUCACCUGCGAUACAUGACAUCUGGCCCGCGUACAAGACAUAUUUGAGUCAAUACUACGAGUGGCCCUCACAUAUUUUAGACAUGAUAUACCGCGCUGGUGUCGAGCUUAACCUUCGCUCACACCCUGCGUUGACUGACGGAGAACCCUACUUGGCGAUUCAUUUCCGUCGUGGUGACUUUGAGGAACAUUGUCAAUACCUGUCUAAGACCCAGCAACCUUUUACCUCAUGGUCAACUCUCCCCGAUAUUCAAUCUCAUUCGGCCUUUCCCCCAAGGCUGGAUACAUCCAACGAGACAUCCAUCAUGGAACAUUGCUACCCGACACUUGACCGAAUCCUUGACACGAUCGAUGCCCAAGUCCGUAAUCGACCUCAUCUUCGAUCUGUGUACGUUCUGCACGAUGGUGCUUGGGACCACCUACCCGUGUAUUGGCAAUACUAUAAAAUCGAAAGAGCACUCAAGAACUCAGCCCGUGCGAGGAAGGCUGGAUGGAAGGGAGAUACAGUCGGGAUGCGUUUUAUCACACAUUCAGGGAUGACACCCGUAAAACCGGGCGAGAGAGACUGGAAAGUUGCAGUUGACGUUGAGUUGGCGAGGAGGGCGGAGGUUUUCAUUGGGAAUGGAUUCUCGAGCUUGACGUCGCAGAUCGUGGCGUUGAGGUUAGCGGACGGCGGGAAGGCUGAGGAUAUCACAAUCUUGUGAUGGAUAGUGUAUGAGCAAACCCGUCGUGGAUAGCACAUAUUAUUGCUGUAAUUUAUCCUGCAAUUCAUUUAAUGGAGACAAAACUUGCUAUCCAUAUGAUACCAACAGUACUGUAUGGCGUUAAUGGACAUCGAGCAACGGAGUAACAGGAUAAGAACCGGAGACGAAGCGAGAAAAGCAAUACUAGUACAAUGCGAAAGUUGAACGAACAUUUGAAUACAACAGGGUGCUUGGAGCAGGGUACAAAAGCAAGACAACGAAAGCGAAUCAGAUAUUGCGAACAGCAGAAACACCAAUCCAGAAAUAGCGGCGAAAGGAAGAUCUGAAAACAACUUAAAAUAAAUACCGUUCAGGGUGAAACAAGCAUGCUGGCAAGAUCCUCAAAGACAUCCCUCGCCUUCGCUUGGAAAUAACCGGACAUUGCCUCCGCACACUGUUCACAAUACCCCAUGUUAUGCCAACUGGAAUUGUGUAAGAUGUGCAAGGCCCACAGUACUUCCCCGUUCGACUCUUGCAAA